UGUCUCGCAGGUAUUCUCUACAAAGGCAGCGGGGAGAACCAGUUCAUCUCUCUCCAGCCUCCUGUCAUCGCCACCGUCAUGGGGAACGGGCGGCGCAGGAGCAUCUCGUGCCCCAGCUGUAACGGACAGGCCCAAGGCAACAAGCUGCUGGCGCCGGUGGCUCUGGCAUGGGGCAUCGAUGGAAGUCUGUAUGUUGGAGAUUUCAACUACAUACGCCGCAUCUUCCCAUCUGGCAAUGUCACAAGUAUCAUGGAGCUCAGAAAUAAAGACUUUAGACACAGCAACAACCCAGCACACAGAUAUUACCUGGCAACUAACCCAGUGAGUGGCCAGCUGUACGUGUCGGACACCAACUCCCGGAGGAUCUACCGGCCCAAGACCUUGACCGGAACCAAGGACCUGCAGUCGAACGCAGAGGUGGUGGCAGGAACCGGCGAACACUGUCUGCCCUUCGACGAGAACCACUGUGGCGACGGAGGCAAAGCUCCAGAGGCUUCUCUCACUGGACCCAAAGGCAUUGCCGUGGACAAGAACGGCCUGAUCUACUUCGUCGACGGCACCACAAUCCGCAAGGUGGACCAGAACGGCAUCAUCUCCACUUUCCUCGGUUCCAACGACUUGACGUCGGCUCGCCCUCUGACCUGUGACAACAGCAUGGACAUCAAUCAGGUGAUUUUGGAGUGGCCCACAGACCUCGCAGUCAGUCCCAUGGACAACUCGCUGUACGUCCUGGACAACAACAUAGUCCUGCGCAUCACAGAGAACGGUCAAGUGAGCAUCGCGGCCGGCCGACCCGUCCACUGCCCGUUGGCCGGACUGGAGCGCGGCGUGGCCGGCGGUCGGAGAGCACAGUUGACCCCUCUAGAAUCGGCCGUUUCCAUUGCCAUAUCUUUCCACGGCGCCAUCUACAUAGCAGAGACAGAUGAGAGAAAGAUGAGCAAGAUCCGGAAGGUUUCUGUGGAUGGAGAGAUAACGCAUUUGGCCGGCGUUCCCUCCGACUGCGACUGCAAGAACGACGCCAACUGUGACUGUUACCAGACAGGAGACGGCUAUGCCAAAGAUGCAAGGCUCAAUGCUCCCUCGUCUUUAGUGGCAGCUCCAGAUGGAACACUUUACGUGGCGGACCUGGGCAACAUCCGCAUCCGGGCCAUUUAUAAAAAUGGGCCAACGUUGACUUCCAGCGCUGGUACAUACGAGGUGGCUUCCCCUGACGCACAGGAGCUGUACAUGUUUGACAGCAACGGCACCCACCAGCACACUGCAAGCCUGCUCACGGGCGACCUGAAAUACACGUUCAGCUACAGCACGGAGAACGACAUCACAGCCGUCACCGACAGCAGCGGCAACACCCUGAGAAUCCGAAGAGAUCCCAACCGCAUGCCGGUGCGCAUUGUUGCCCCCGACAACCAGGUGAUUUGGCUGACCAUGGGCACCAACAGCAGACUGAAAACUCUGACAACACAAGGCCAGGAGCUGGUGCUUCUCACCUACCAUGGUAACAACGGCCUCUUGGCUACCAAGACAUCAGAGAUUGGCUGGACAACUUUCUAUGACUAUGACAGUGAGGGGCGGCUAAUGAACGUGACGUUCCCCACCGGAAUGGUGAAUAACUUGUACGCGGACAUAAACAGCGCUUUGACGGUGGACGUCGAGAGCUCCACGACAGAGGAGGAAAUCAGCAUCACCACCAACAGCUCCACCAUCCGUGCCUUCUACACCCUGGCUCAGGACCAAUGUAGAAGUAGCUACCAGGUUGGUUUCGACAACUCGCUGAGGAUAACCUAUGCCAACGGGAUGGACACCCACUACCAGACCGAGCCCCACAUCCUGGCAGGCGCCGCCAACCCAACUGUAGCCAGACGCAACAUGAGCCUGCCAGGGGAGAGUGGGCAGAACUUGGUUGAGUGGCGUUUCCGUAAGGAACAAGCCAGAGGGAAAGUUAUCGUGUUUGGACGCAAACUUAGGGUGAACGGACGGAACAUUCUCUCCGUCGAUUACGACCGCACCCUCAGGACGGAGAAGAUUUAUGACGACCACAGAAAGUUCCUCUUGAAGAUUAUAUACGACACAGCGGGCCACCCAGUGCUCUGGGUGCCCAGCAGUAAGCUACUGCCGGUUAAUGUGAGCCGCACAAGCAGCGGGCAAAUUAGUGCCCUGCAGAGAGGUCCCACCACUGAGAGACUCGAGUAUGAUAGCCAAGGCCGCCUGGUUUCCAGGGUGUUUGCUGAUGGGAAGAUAUGGAGUUACACCUACCUAGAGCAGUCCAUGGUUCUCCUGCUCCACAGUCAGCGGCAGUAUAUAUUCGACUUCGACUCUCUCGACCGGCUCUCUGCUGUCACCAUGCCAAGUGUGGCCCGUUACACCAUGCAGACCAUCCGCUCCGUGGGCUACUACAGGAACCUGUACCACCCCCCGGAGAGCAACGCUUCAGUGGCCGUGGACUACAGCGAAGACGGCCUCUUGCUGAGAGUGGCUCACCUCGGCACGGGGCGAAGGGUCCUGUACAGGUACCGGAGGCAGAACAAACUGUCGGAGAUGCUCUACGACAGCACGAGGGUCAGCUUCACCUAUGACGAGAUGGCAGGCGUGCUGAAGACGGUCAACUUGCAGAACGAGGGCUUCAUCUGCUCCAUUCGUUACCGCCAAGUGGGCCCCCUGGUGGACCGGCAGAUUUUCCGCUUCAGCGAGGACGGCAUGGUGAACGCGCGCUUCGAUUACACCUACGACAGCAGCCUGCGCGUCACCAGCGUGCAGGGCGUCAUCAACGAAACGCCGCUGCCCAUCGACCUAUACCAGUUUGACGACAUCUCGGGAAAGAUUGAGCAGUUUGGGAAGUUUGGCGUCAUCUACUACGACAUAAAUCAGAUCAUCUCCACGGCCGUCAUGACCUACACCAAACACUUUGACGCACACGGACGCAUCAAGGAGAUCCAGUACGAGAUAUUUCGGUCGCUCAUGUACUGGAUCACUUUCCAGUACGACGACGUGGGCCGAGUCACAAAGCGAGAGAUCAAGAUCGGUCCCUUUGCCAACACCACCAAGUAUAGUUAUGAGUACGAUGUGGAUGGCCAGCUCCAGACUGUAUACCUGAACGACAAAGUGAUGUGGCGCUACACGUACGACCUUAACGGAAACCUGCACCUGUUGAACGCAGGAAACAGCGCCAGACUCCUUCCUCUGCGCUACGACCUGAGGGACCGCAUCACUCGCCUUGGAGAUAUUCAAUACAGAAUGGAUGAAGACGGUUUUCUGCGUCAGAGGGGAGCAGAGAUCUUUGAGUACAACUCCAAAGGACUCUUGGUGCGGGUUUACAGCAAGAGCGGCGGCUGGACCAUUCAGUAUCGCUACGACGGACUUGGCCGCAGAGUAUCCACCAAGACCAGUUUGGGCCAACACCUGCAGUACUUCUACGCAGACCUAAGCUACCCAGCAAGGAUUACACAUGUGUACAACCACUCCAGUUCAGAGAUCACGUCGUUCUACUAUGACCUCCAAGGCCAUCUGUUUGCCAUGGAGAUCAGCAGUGGAGAGGAGUUCUACAUCGCCUGUGAUAACACCGGCACACCUCUGGCUGUCUUCACCAGCAACGGACUCCUGGUCAAACAGCUGCAGUACACGGCGUACGGUGAGAUCUACUUCGACUCCAACCCCGACUUCCAGCUUGUGCUCGGGUUUCAUGGAGGACUGUACGACCCGCUGACCAAACUGCUGCACUUUGGGGAGCGAGAUUAUGACAUAAUGUCAGGAAGGUGGACUGUUCCGGAUGUAUCCACCUGGAAAAACAUUGGCAAAGAGCCGGCGCCUUUCAAUUUGUACAUGUUCAGAAAUAACAACCCCAUCAGCAGAGUCCAUGAAGUGAGAGAAUAUGUAGCAGAUGUGAACAGCUGGCUUGUAACCUUUGGCUUUCAUCUUCACAACACCAUUCCUGGGUUUCCAGUGCCAAAAUUUGAUUUAAGCUUGCCCUCGUAUGAACUGAGGAAGAGUCAGCUCUGGGACGAUCUGCCGUCCAUCUCUGGGGUCCAGCAGGAAGUAACUAGACAAGCGCACUCUCUCUUGUCAUUCGAGCGGCUGCCGGAGGUCCAUCUCAGUCGAGGUCGCAGAGGUGAAAAGUCUUGGCUGUGGUUCUCAGCGGCAAUGUCUCCCAUCGGACGAGCCGUCAUGUUCGCCAUCUACAAGGGCAGCAUCCGCACUCACACGUUAAACGUGGCCAGCGAGGACUGCAUCAAGGUCGCGACCAUCCUGAACAACGCGUUCUACCUGGAAGACCUUCACUUCACUAUAGAAGGAAGGGACACGCACUACUUUGUCAAGCCGGGCCUUCCAGACGCUGACCUUGCCGCUCUGCACCUCACGAGUGGACACAAGACUCUGGAGAACGGCGUCAACGUGACCGUUUCCCAGUCCACCACAGUCAUGGAUAGUCGGACCCGCCGUUUUGCAGACGUGGAGGUCCGCGCCGGGGCUUUGGCGCUUCACAUCCGCUACGGAUCCACUGUGGAUGAGGAGAAAGCGCGGGUUGUCGAGUUGGCUCGCCAGCGCGCUCUUGCGGGCGCGUGGGCGAGAGAGCAGCAAAGAGUGCGCGACGGCGAGGAGGGGGUUCGCCCCUGGACAGAGGGAGAGAAGAGGCAGCUUCUAAGUAGUGGGAAAGUAUUGGGGUAUGACGGGUACUACGUGCUCUCAAUCGAGCAGUACCCAGAAUUAGCAGACAGCGCUAAUAAUAUCCACUUUCUUCGGCAAAGUGAAAUUGGGAAGAGGUAACAAUACGAGGUCCAUUGUCUGCCAAAGAGACUUAGUCUUGGUAGAGACGUACUACCGAAUGAAAUGAAAGGAAACUGUAAUCACGGGUUGCUGAUAUGUAUCCUGAGUGUCCAUGUGUUUUUAUAAGGAAAUAAAAAGAACAGAAAAAAAACAAACAAACAAGCAGUCAACAACAAUGCUGUGCAUUGUAACCUUGGGACUACAGAGUAAAUGUAUAACUACACCAAGCCUUAACAUGGCAAUUACAGGUCAGUUUCUCUGUAGCACAAUCCUUCUGGACUCUGGACUCUCAAGCAGGGGAAUAGUUGUGUGUCUGGGGAAACAGUGAGCUAGUUUAGGUGUGUGUUUUUUUGUUUUGUUUUAUUGUUUGUUUGUUUGUUUUUUAAUCAAGAAAAAUCUGUCUCAACAAAGUAUUCUAAGAGCAAAGGAAAUGUUUACAUAAUGCAUCUCUGCACUUCUCUGGAAGUACGGGGGCUCAUGAGUUCACACACCCACAGCGAGCAGUGUCCUUGAGCAAAUGUUUGUUUCUUUUCAAAAUCAGAGACUUCUGACAUUAGCGAUAUCGUCACCAAACAGCCACUACUACGUAUACCAGAUUUAGCACUGUAAACAUCAAAAAUGUCUUAUUCUCUUGAGAUGCUUUUAAACAGAAAAAAAAGAAAGAAAACAAUCUCCUUGUUUUAAAUACCCAAUAUUCGUUGUGGAGAAAAAAAAGGGACAGUAAAGGUAUAAAGAACUCUGUCUGGGGAGACAAAGGCACAGAUGUGUCUUGGAUAGCACAGGGACACCAUGUUUUGUAAAUUAUGCAAGAGUUUUAUGGUGUUUUUAAGAAACUGAAUAAAUGUCUGUACUAGUCAUAUUAUCAGUAAUUUAUGUUGUGUUUAUACAUAUAAAAAUAAAGUCCAUCGGAUUGAGA